CGUGGUGCACCGCGCGGGCGCCGGCCUGCUCCUCAGGGCGCGGAUGCCGGCGGCGGCGAAGGAGAGCUGCCCGGCCGCGCUGGGCCUGAGGCCGCGGAGGACGCUCAGGCUGGCGAGCGGCCGCCCCGCGUUGCCCUCUCCCGCCCCGCGGAGCCCUGCCGGCUGGUUCUGGAGCCCGCUCGGCCUCGUCAUGUCGCUCAGCUUCGCCACCCGCUUUUACCGUCUGAGGGAGCCGCCGCACAUCUGUUGGGAUGAAACACAUUUUGGAAAGAUGGGAAGUUACUACAUUAACCAGACCUUUUUCUUUGAUGUCCAUCCACCUCUUGGAAAGAUGUUGAUAGGACUUGCUGGCUACCUGAGUGGCUAUGAUGGAACAUUUCCUUUCCAAAAACCAGGGGACAAAUAUGAACAACAUAACUACAUAGGAAUGAGAGGGUUCUGUGCAUUCCUUGGUUCAUGCCUGAUUCCCUUCUGUUACCUCACAGUUCUGGAGCUGUCUAAAUCAUUGCAUGCAGCAAUGCUCACAGCUGCCUUCCUGAUCUUUGACACAGGGUUCAUCACUCUCUCUCAAUACAUUCUGCUUGACCCCAUUCUGAUGUUCUUCCUCAUGGGAGCUGUUCUCAGUAUGGUCAAGUAUAAUUCCUGUGCAAACAGGUCAUUUUCUGCCCCCUGGUGGUUCUGGCUUGCAAUGACUGGAAUAAACCUUGCAGGUGCAAUGGGAGUGAAAUUUGUUGGCCUUUUUGUAGUUCUCUUGGUUGGACUGAACACUAUCAGUGAUCUUUGGGAGUUGCUGGGAGACCUCAAUUUGUCAUUGGUCACUCUGGGGAAGCACUUUCUGGCACGUGUAUUCUGCCUCAUUCUGCUGCCACUUGCCCUCUACACAGCUCUGUUUGCUGUUCAUUUUGCAGUCUUAAAUAGAAGUGGACCUGGCGAUGGGUUUUUCAGCUCUGGAUUUCAGUCUCGGUUGAUUGGGAACAAUCUUCAUAAUGUCUCUGUUCCGGAAUACUUGGCGUAUGGCUCUAUAGUUACAGUAAAGAACCUUCGUAUGGCAGGGGGAUAUCUUCACUCUCAUUGGCAUUUGUAUCCUGAGGGAGUUGGAGCACGGCAGCAACAGGUCACUGCAUAUUUACACAAGGACUUGAAUAACUUAUGGAUUAUGAAGAAACACAAUGUAAAUACAGAUCAUUCAGACCCAUCCUCCCCUAUGGAGUUUGUGAGGCAUGGAGAUAUAAUUCGCCUGGAACAUAAAGAGACUUCUAGAAACCUACAUAGUCAUCAACAUGAAGCUCCCUUGACAAGAAAACAUCUUCAGGUCACUGGAUAUGGCAUAAAUGGAACAGGAGACUCCAAUGAUUUCUGGCGAAUUGAGGUUGCAGGAAGAAGAGCUGGGAAGCGUAUCAAAGUCCUGCGUAGUCAAAUCCGACUAAUUCACCUGGCUACUGGUUGCAUCUUGGGUUCAACUGGAAAGACACUGCCCAAAUGGGGCUGGGAGCAAGUGGAGGUCACUUGUACUCCAUAUCAGAAAGAGAGUCCUAAUACUCUCUGGAAUGUUGAAGAUCACAUCAAUCCCAGGUUGCCGAAUAUCAGUCUGGAUGUUCUGAAACCGUCCUUUCCAGAGAUUCUUCUGGAGUCUCACAUGGUUAUGAUCCGAGGAAACAGUGGUCUCAAGCCAAAGGAGAAUGAAGUCACAUCCAAGCCCUGGCAUUGGCCCAUCAAUUAUCAAGGCCUCCGUUUUUCUGGAGUCAAUGAAACAGACUAUAGAGUUUAUUUGCUAGGAAACCCGGUGAUCUGGUGGAUGAACUUACUCACAAUCGGAUUAUAUCUCAUAAUGGCAAUAUUUGUAUCUGUGGCCAUGAAGAGAGGAGUUCAGUUGACAGCUGAGCACAAAGAGCUUUCUCAAGUCUUGCUGAAUGGCGGAGGAAUAAUUAUGUUAGGAUGGCUUCUUCAUUAUCUUCCUUUCUUCAUGAUGGGACGAGUGCUCUAUUUUCACCAUUAUUUUCCUGCUAUGCUUUUCUCCACCAUGUUGACAGGCAUUACAUGGGAUGUGUUCCUGAAAUUCUGGGCUGGGCCCCAGUCAUCUGGCAUCCAGAGGAGAAAGGUUUACCAGUAUGGGAUAAUGAUGUUGAUCCUACUCAGUAUGUACAGCUUCUACCUCUUCCAUCCUCUCUCCUAUGGGAUGGUAGGACCUCUGGCUUCUGAUCCCAACAGCCCAAUGGCAGGGCUUAGGUGGCUGGAAACAUGGGAAUUCUAGAUCCAGUGUGAAAUAAGAAGAAGGGAGUAGAAAACAAGUAAUGAUGAAAAUGUCCUCCUCAUUCCACAAGAGAUAUGAAGGAUCUUUCUCAACAGUGUUUUUGUGCUGAUAUAGAAAACAGACUGAGCACUUCAGGCACUGAGAAAAGCUGGUAGCCGUGAAGGAAAAUAUUGGCCAUGUGGCCUGUCUUUCCAGUUACUUGAUCGAGUGGCUGCAUUCAAGAUCGAACCAUCCAAGCAAUAUAUUCUGAAUCUGGCCUCUAUAGCAGGGGUCCUUUGUGUGAGAGUUUGGGGAUGCAUAUGUGUUUCUUUGUUUUGACAAGAGUGUAGCUUUUAUCUACCUGUCUUUGCUCAUGUGUGAUUUUCCAGAGCACAGGAAGUAUCAAAUAUGCACAGAGAAGAGAGAGUCUUUGGUAUCAGGGUAGUUUCCACCCAAUAACAUUUUAUCAUAAUGUUUUAAAAUCUACAUGAGGGCAAGUGGGUGUGCGCACAAAGACACAUGUCUGUCUUCUCAUAACAGUUCUCUUGACUGCUCCUCUGGACCUCAAAAACUGGGGCUAAAUGUCACACUAGCAUUAAGCCUUUGGAAACUCUGUGCCUUGCUUAUCCAAAGGCAGUGUGUUGUUUGCACAGCCUUUUGCUCUCAGAGAACAGCAUAAAAACUGCAAGGAUGUAAUAUGGGAAUGACAUCAUGGCAUGCUAGUUGCCAUAUGACAGUUUGUUUAGAAAACUCCAAACCAGAGAAAUCAAUAACUUCUUACAUUUGUAUAAGGUUUCCUGCUCUAAAUUCCUCUGGUGGUGAGGAAUGGUGCCUUGAGGGAGAUGCAAAAGUUGUACAGAUAGUUUGAGAUAGUGAUAGGAACAUCACUUAUUCUGCUAGUUCCAUUGCUUAUUAGUACUUCAUUUUAUGAAGAAGCUGUUUUUUAAUUAACUCCAUAUACAGAAUAGGGUGCUAACAAUAGGCUGUUGAAACACUGUUUCUUUGUAAGAGGCAUAUAACCUUUGAGGAGAUGUUAGUCUCUGUCCUGUGAUGAACUAAUUAGAAAAGGUUAUAGAGAAGUUAUAGAUUGAAGGCAGAAGUCAUCACCUGGUUACUGGAGAAAGCUUUUCUUCAUUUACUUCUAAGAGAAUGUGAGAGAAGGUACUGAGUGUUCCAGAGUUUUCCUUAGCCAAUUUAGCUUUGGCUGUAAUUGCACAGCUUCCUUGAAGCCUUCUUUUGCAUACAUGUCAGGAAAAUUGAGGCCAUCCAAUCAUUCAUUUCAGCAUCUGUAUUAAAGCUUGAAGCCUGCCACUUCCUAUUCCCUUGUACUAUCCAUCAUCAAAGGGCUGCUUCUGUUGGCAUGGUGACUAAAUGCCAGCAUCCCCAGGAGAGAUUUGAUGGUGAAGGAGCGUGUUGAUUGCUGGAGACUGCUAGAUCUGUUGAGAGAGAGAAAAAGCUUAACUAGUUAAAGAAUGCCAUCAUGACCAACUCUUUAAUGUCUGUAGGUUUAGGUUUUUUUUAUAUAUAUAAUGCGGGGAUCAUCCUACAAUGGAGCUCUUUUGGCAGAACAGUAAAAUUUAGUAGAAUUGAGUGAUCCCAUUCAACCCCUCCAUCUUAAAACAAAAACCAAAAUCAAUAACGUUCCAAAACUUCUGCAGUUGAAAGUUCGCUUUAGCUAUGUAACCGUUACAUUAAGAGACCCAAUCUUUUAUUUACUAACUUUAAAAAAAAACUGCAGGGAAUCACUGCAAUAAGUUUUUGGUUUUGAUAACCAUUCUAUUUCCUGAAACAUGAACUGCGAUCCUUUGGCUGGCCUGAGAAUGAGAAAUCUCAGAAUGAGAAUGAGGAAGAUGUGGCAGGCAUGAGAUCACAAAAACCUCCCAUGAUUGUGCUACUAGAAGAGGCAGCAGCUUGCUACUACUUAUACAAUAAUGUAUAAGUAGUUAGCAAUAGUCGAUGAACAUAGGAAAGCAAUGAAUUCUGUUUUUUAGUGAAGUGCUCAAAUGUAACCCUUGACUAAAUUCCUCAGGAUUAGGACCCCAUCUGUUUGUCACUCAGUAUUCAAUUUUGUAUUUAUUUCUCAUGAAGGUUCCCCUUAACUGAAUGAUGCUGCUGUGAAUAUGGAUUCUAUGGACAGCUUUCUUUUUUCUGAAAUGUGUCUGAUGAAACUGCUUUGCUAUUUGGAAAGAAGUUUGAACAAUAAAAAUUGAAUCAGGAUGUUAGAAUAUAAUGAGCAAGCUUCAGACUUGUCCUUCCUAAUCACUCUCAUUGACAGAUGAAUGUUGAGCAUGCUAAUCUUAGGAGAGUUGGUUGACUUCUUGUCCAUGUGGUGCUGAGUUCUAGUAAAAUUCAUUGAAGUGUUUUUCCUAUCCCUUUAAAUAUUAGUUAUGGAGUAAAAAUCUGGAUUUUCUUGGAAAAAACGUUUGGUCUGACCUCUUUUGAGAUACUGUGCUUUAGUUGGUUAGUUGAAUGUAGCUGGGAAGAGGGUGCUAAUUGAUUAUGGUAUUUCUGGUCUAUUAGCACAUUCCCAUCUCUUCCUGGCUUAGAUAAAUCGUAGUUUUAUCAUUCACUACAAAGUAAAUUAACAACAUUCACCAGUAUUUCGGAGCGUUCAUCUUCUCUUAGUACUUGUGAAUGUUUGAUUCAGAAGAGGGUAAAUUAUUUUUGAGUCUACAUUUCAUUUUUUAUAUUUUACAAAAGUUUGCCUUUAUGCGAUCAUUUGCUUUCUUCCCAGUGACUAUAUCUGUGGGGUCUGAGCUCUGGAUUCAAAAGUCAGAACUACAUAGUUAAAGAUACUCUGGAAUUGCCUUCUUCCUCUCCAGUCAUUGUAUUGAAACAGAGCGAAGUCUAUCAUGAUGGGAUGUGUUCCUAAAUAAAACCUUUGUCUUGAGGAAUUUAGAGACUUAUACAGCCUUAAUCUUCCAUUCUAGUGUGAAACUAAAAAGUGUGAUUCCACAACAUUUCUUCUAAGAGAUAAGGAAGGUAAAGCCAGAGAUUAAAAACAAUAAAAUAAAAUAAAACCCUAACCCACCCCUUGUGAAAUGGCCCCCUGGCAGCUUAUACCUUAGAUCGGAUCUUUAGGCUCUGAAGUGAAAUCUGGUCCUCUGGUAUUGUGUCCCCUUUCCACACCACUAUGAUUUGGUGGUUUUCCAGGUUUUGUGUGGGUAUUUUUCCCACAAAAAAGGGUUAAAAUGCCUCUCCUGCUUGGUAGUAAGAUACUUUUAAACUGAAACAAUUCUGCUAUAUCUGAUCUAUACAUUUGAUCAGCAUCUUUCCUGCCUUUUUUU